AUGUCCAAGGAGAGGGGCCUAGCAAGUCAUGUGCCUUCAUAUGGUGAGGCACCGCUGAUCAGAUUCUCCGCAAUUUACAAGAAGCAACUCAACCUUGCAGAGGACAAAGAUCCUGCAGCCUCGGUACCAGUUCCACUUCAGGCCGGCAACGACAGAAUGACGGAUCAAAUACAAAGCUCCAAGCCAGAAUCAGUUAUGGGAGCUCGGUGGCCUCAAGUCGCACUGGAUCGAGCGCUACAGAUUGAGGCAGCUCGCAGAAACCUGGGAAUGGCCGAGAGACUUCUCGAAGCGGAUGCACAUGUCAACGCAGCGCCGUCGGAGCCCCGCGGACGGACUGCAUUGCAGGCUGCAGCACAAGGCGGCCAUGUCGACAUAAUUCGGAGGCUACUUCUAGCAAAGGCCGAUGUUAAUGCAGCACCGGCAAAGUUUGGACGAACAGCACCGCAGGCUGCAGCGAAAGGCGGUCAUGUCGAUAUAGUUGAAAAGCUGCUGGCAGCAGGAGCCGACCUCAGUCCAGUGAACUCAGUGGAAGGGAUGACAGCGCUACAACUGGCUGCAGAAUGCGGUCAUAUCGAUGUAGUCGAGAGACUGCUAGCAGCAGGGGCUGACGUCAACGCUGUGCCGUCAAAAUACGGGAUGACAGCACUGCAAGCCGCGGCAGGUGGCGGCCACAUCAACGUGGUUGAGAGACUCUUAGCAGCAGAAGCCGAUGUCAAUGCCGCCGCUUCACUCUACGGACAAACAGCACUACAGGCCGCGGCAGGAGGUGGGCACAUCCAGGUGUUCGAGAGACUAAUGGCAGCAGGAGCCGAUGUCAACGCGGCUGCGUCGCACACCGGACGCACAGCGCUGCAGGCUGCAGCAGAAGGGGGUUCUCUUCAAAUAGUCAGGAGACUACUCGACGCCGGAGCCAACGUCAAUGCAGCGCCAGCAGAGUCAGGGGGACUGACAGCACUCCAAGCCGCGGCAUUUGGCAAUCACAUGGAUGUUGUCGAGAGGCUACUUGCAGCGGGUGCCGAUGUGAACGCGGCAGCAGCAACGUCUGGAGGACUAACGGUGCUAGAGGCUGCAAUCAGAUGCAGCGACUCUGAGAUGGUUCACAGAGUGAAGCGUGCUGGAGCUCGCUAA